GUGGGACACUAGUCUCACAUCCGGGCAUUAAAUAUGGCGAAUAUUUAGGCGGAUGAAAAACGAGUCGUUGGUUACCAGAGGUGGCAAGUGAUCGAAUGAUACAUGGACAACAAAAAAUGAUCAACUAUAGAAUCUAAUUAAGAGAUGAAGAAGUUAAAGUCCUUCUCCACAUAAUGGCGACCAAAUUAAGUUCACAAUGUCUAGUAGAUUGGCAGGUUCUAAUACCUACUGGGCCAACACUAGCAUUCCAUGCUGGUUGUAUUAUCGGUAAAACCAUAAUAGUCCAUGGUGGAAUCUCACAAAGGGGAAGUAACUCUCCAUGCAAUAAACUCUUUAAACUGGAUCUGGAUUCGUCAAUAUGGAGUCCAAUUGAGAGUCCCGAAAGUCCUGCAUUAAGCCACCAUGCCUGUUUAGUACUUCAAGAUCGUUACAUCAUAUACGUGGGUGGCUGGAAUGGAAAAGCGCGGACAUCAAAAGUCUGUGUUUAUGAUACUGUUAAUAAUUCAUGGAAAUUCCCCAAAUCUACUGGAUUUCCAGAAGAUGGAGGACUGAGCUCUCACACAGUAACUGAAUUGUCAGAUGGAAAGAUUUUAGUUAUUGGAAGAGAUGGGAGUUUACGCAUGCAAAGAAGAUAUGGAAAUGCAUAUUUAUUAUCUGGAAAUCCAGACACCGAUUUCAAAUAUUCAGAAUUCAGCAACUCUGUUACCUCAAGAUCUGGUCAUUCUACUUCAAUCAUUGGUCAUAAAGUCUUUGUUAUUGGAGGGCGGAGUGAUAAACUCGUAGAGGUGUACUCAGGCUAUGCGAAUAAAAUUACGCACGAUAUCCCAUUGUUAACAAAACUUAUUUCCAUCUCAGAUAAACUCAAAGCAUUGCCAAAAUUCCCAGGAGGUCGGCGACAUCAUAUCUCAUUAGCAGUUCCCGGGGGGCUAUUUCUUCAUGGAGGAGAGACAUUUGAUGGCAAGUGUCGUGAACCGGUUGGUGAUAUGUAUCUAAUGACAACAAAACCAGUGGGUAAUUUUUACAAACUAGGAACAAGUAGUGUAGGUCGGUCUGGCCAUAUUUGUUUGUGUUAUGAAAAUCGUGUGAUCCUUCAUGGAGGAAUAGCGGGGAAGAAUUUUGAUGUCCGAGGAGAAACUUUUGAACUUAAUUUAAAUUUUUGAAGAGUAAUUCUGUGAUAUUUUUCUUAUCUUUUAUUUAUUUGUUUUUGUUUUUGUUGAAAUCAUGUAGGCCUACAUGGAAAUAAUUAUGAAUUUUGUGGUGGUCAAGAAAUUAAUAAAUCUUAAAAACAAAUUUCUUAUAGUAAUUAAAUUAAAUGUUAGCUUUGUUUUAUUUUGUAAGUGGAAUUAUUUUUUUUUUAAAUUUAAAAUCGUGCAUUUUGCAGACAAUAGCUCAUUUUUUACAACUUAAUCCUCACUAUUAUGGUCAUUUAGCAAAAGACCUACAGAAAUAGGCCCUUCAACAGAUUUUACCCAACUCUUACUGGGCGUGCUGUGCUGACUUUUUUAAAUACUAAAAAGAAAUUUAACAAUUUUUGGACUGAUAUGUUCCUUUUAGAUACUUAACUUCCACAAUAUUGUAGUUUGCAAGGGAUUCAAAGCGGAUACAUAUAAGUAUAUUAUAUUAUAUAAUGUCAUGUACAUGUUAUGUUAUUUUUAUUGGAUUUUUUUUAUGAAAUUAUUUUUAUCAAUAACAAUUUUAAUUUCUGUUAAUUUAUGUGAAUCGGUCAUUGUUACAAUCUGAUUAAAACACAGAGCCUAGUUUGUUUCAUUUUUUAUAGUUCAAAAUUUCGUUUUACUUGUCUUUACCAUACUAGAAUCUUAAAGAGUUGUUACAUGUUUUGGUUGACUGUUUGACAUGAGGGAUUAGCCAAUCAAACGGUCUGUUACAGCCAGUUCUUGGCGUGCGGUGCGCAGAACUGUAAGUAUCCUACUAGAAACAUCAAUGCUGAUUGAUUAAUCAAAUGUCUAACGUCAUAGGGUCAAAAAACGCUUGUGUGACCCCUGAUGUGGUCUCCCACUACAACUGGUCAGAUCUUCAUGUAGUAGAGCCAUCGAAAGUAUAAAAAAAUGAAACAAAAUAUAGAUCUGUAUUUUAAUCAGAUUGUCAUUGUUAGUGUUAAUUAUGUUUUAAUUCUUUUUUUUUUUUAAAGUAUAGGUUUAGGCCAACCCAAAUUAAUUUUUGGUUCUUUAAACACACAUUAUGCAAAAGCUAAAUCUGUCUAUGCAAGAGCUAAAUCUGUCUUUCUUUAGGCCUAAAAUGUUACCUAACUUAGACAUUAAUUAACUGAUCCAAGCCAUAAUCAACUCUUUGUUAGUCUCUGAUAUUUAGUGGAUUUGAAUACAUUUUGUGAUGAAUGAUUUAACGUAAAAUGGUAAUCUAGACUUUGUUAAUUAUAGAAGCAACAUUAGUAAUGAUGAUGGAGGCUAGCUUAAAAUUUAAUCGUUUAUAUCUUUGUUCAUUCAGAAUGAAGUAAUUUGGCUGAAAUUUUCAGCAUUUUCUGUUCAUUAUCUAUUUUUUUAACUAAUAUAGCGAGAACUGUGAGCUCUUUAUAUAAUCUUAUCUAAUGCCCAUUUAAUAAAUAGACUCUUGAUUCAUGUGAACAAUUUCCAGACUUAAAUUCGAGAAACUAAAACCCUUUGAGGUAAGCACACAAGAACUUUUUUAAAGCUAAAUUGUAAUGAAAAAAUAAAGUUUAAAUUGAUAUGACCUUAAUGACUAUAUCAUCUGAAUGGCAUAUGUUGUAAGCAAAGCAGGUAACUCUCACUAUGCACUUCCAUAUUUUUUUUUUCACUUCUUGCUGUUAAUUUAUUUUGUUGAAUUUUGUAAUUGUAUUUGUCUAUGUAAUCUUGCUGCAGCCAAUUCCUUUCAACACAUAAACAACAAUUAUAGACCAAUCUCCAUUUUCAUACCUUCACAUUCUCUUUCAUCUCUUUAAACCACACUUGCAAUGUGAAAGUGUGACAAUGGCUGAAAAAUAUGCAGACUUUCAUAUUGUCGCCCAUUGUUUCUGUUGCCGUCAUUUAUAAAAAUAACAAUACAAAAACUGAAUAGGAAGAUGGAGAAAGUGAGAAACUGUUAUAUUUAAUAGAUUUGAACUUUUAAUAGAUAAUGAGAUGCCUCGGCAAGGUCGUACUUCAUACACGGUCAACCUCUCAUGGCUAAAGUACAAAGCAGUUUUUUAUACAUUGGAAUCUGGUUGUAUAUUAUCGUCGUCCCGUCCGUCCGUCCGUCUAGGGACUAAAAUUAAUAUCGGAUUGACUUUAAAUUUAUACACAGUGUUUAAGGUCAUGAGACAAAGAAGCCUUUUGAUUAUCAACGAUAUUCGAUAAUUGCUGCCAGAGUAAUGGCCCUUGAUCACAUUGAAAUAUCUUGUGGAUGCCUAGAUGCUAAAGUUAAUAUCCGAUUGACUUCACAUUUAUACACAGUGUUUAAGGUCGUGAAACGAAGAAGCCCAGUGAUUUUCAAUAAUUACUACCAGAGUUAUGGCCUUUGAAAAAUCUUGUGGACGCUCUAGAGACUAAAGUUAAUAUCCGAUUGACUUGAAAUUUAUACUUUUGAUUUUCAACGAUUCCCAAUAAUUACUGCUAGAGUUAUGGCCCUUGAUCACUUUGAAAUAUCUUGUGGACGCUCUAGAGGCUAAAGUUAAUUUCCGUUUGACUUUAAAUUUAUACACAGUAUUUAAGGUCGGAAGACAAAGAAGCCUAGUGAUUUUCAAUGAUUUCCGAUAAUUACUACCAGAGUUAUGGGCCUUGAUCAUUUUGAAAAAUCUUGUGGAUGCUUUAGAGACCAAAGUUAUCAUUCGAUUGACUUUAGAUUGAUGAACAGAGUUUAAGAUCUUGAAACGAACAAGUAUAUUGAAUUUCAAUGAAUUUUGGUAACUCGAACACCGAAAUCCAUGAUAUUAAAUGUUUCGUAUACUAAACGUUAGCAUGGGGUAGAACUAAAAGCCAAACAAUUUCUAAUGAUUUUCUGAUAAUUACUUCAUGAGUUGUUACUCUUAAUCAGAUUUUAGUGUAUUAUAAAUGUUUCAUUACCGAAAAAAGCAAAAAUAUGCGUCAACACUUGUUGACUGCCCGGACGAUUUAGCUGCUGUGGACGUAUGUUUCGUUGCCUGACAACCUAUCUUUCUAAACAUAAAGUAAACUUUAGACAAUUAAACAAUUUCUGAAUA